AUGUUACGAGGAAAGGCGACGGUAGCAGCUGCUCAGCCCAGGCGGACUUUUGUCCUAGCCGGUAUGCUUUCCUUGGGGCAGCUUGUGAUCGGAAGGGAGGCGCGGCUUGCGGAUGCCAUGGCCAGAGGAGACCUGCACAACAAGAAUGAGGACUACCAGGCAAAGCAGCUGCAGGAGCUGGAGGCGCGGUUGCAGGGCCUGCGGAACACGCGGCCGUCGGCGCCGCGGUACGAGGGCCACGUGCCGCUGUGGUGGCACGAGAAGGCGCUGCUGUUCGGUAUCUCGGGCCUGCGGUCGUUCUUUCACCCCGAGAACGGGAUGAACAUCGUGCAGCUGGGCGAGGCUGCGGCGAUCCCGUGCUUCUUGGAGUCCCUGCGGCGCACCAUGCUGUCGGACGCUACCGGGCGGCGCAUCCUGAGGGAGCAGCCGAACAUUAGCGAGCCAGACCUGGACAUGGACAAGCUCGCGCAGCUGCCCACGAACACGCUGGGUCACACGUUCUACCGCUGGCUGCGCAAGGAGGGCGUGACGCCGGACACGCGCGCGCCGGUAACCUACAUUGACGACCCCGUGCACGCCUACAUCUUCAAGCGCUAUCGCCAAUGCCAUGACUUCUACCACGCGAUCACCGGGCUGCCGAUCAUCAUCGAGGGCGAGAUUGCUGUCAAGGCGCUGGAAGCGGCUAAUAUCGGCGUUCCCAUGGCCGCGCUAGGCGCCCUGCUGGCGCCGUUGCGCCUGCGGGCGGCGCAACGCGAGCGCUUGCGCAACAUCUACCUUCCCUGGGCCAUUGAAACGGGCCUGAGCGCUAAGCCGCUUAUCAACGUGUACUGGGAGGAGCUGCUGGAGCACGAUGUGGACCAGCUGCGCGCAGAGCUGGGCAUCCGCGUGCCGCCAGAUCUCCGCCUCAUUAGACAGGAGCAGCUCCAGCGCCGCAGAAGCUUCAAGAUGAAGUACGAGUCCUUUGAAAAUUGA